UGUUGGCAGAGGGCGGAAGGUGUCCCGGGCGGCGCGGGCGGGUGCGGUGUGACAUUCCCGGGGCCCCGGCAGAGCCCAGGCCGGGAUGGGCUCCCGCGGGACUCCGGCAGCCCCGGCGCGCCUCUGAACCCCCUCUGAACCCCCUCUGCCCGCAGGCCGCUGCCGUGUCCGUGGGAUGAGCCAGCUGCCGUGCGGCGCCCUGCUGGCACUCAUGGGGCUGCUCUUCGCCAGGACCAUGGCCUGGACAUCCAGCGGGAAAACGCACGCGGAGCUGGUCAACAACCUCUACAAAAAAGGGAUCAUUAAGUCUCAGCGAGUCUUUGAUGUGCUGCUGGCCACGGACAGAGGUCACUACAUCAAGUAUUUCCCGUACAUGGAUUCUCCUCAGUCCAUUGGCUACAAGGCUACGAUCAGCGCCCCGCACAUGCACGCCCACGCGCUGGAGCUGCUCAAGGAUCAGCUGGUGGAAGGUGCCAAGGCGCUGGAUGUGGGAUCUGGGAGCGGAUACCUCACCGCGUGCUUCGCCAGGAUGACUGGCCCGACGGGGAAGGCUGUGGGUGUGGAGCACAUCAAGGAGCUGGUGCAGGAAUCCAUCCGGAACGUCCAGGAGGAUGAUCCGGCACUGCUCAGCUCCGGCCGCGUGAAGCUUGUGGUUGGGGACGGCAGGCAGGGAUACCCCGAGGAGGCUCCCUACGAUGCCAUCCACGUGGGAGCGGCCGCAGCCGCCGUGCCCAAGGAGCUGCUGGAGGAGCUGAAGCCGGGCGGGCGGCUGAUCGUGCCCGUGGGGCCUGAGGGUGCCAACCAGGUGCUGAUGCAGUACGACAAGACCAGCGACGGGCACGUGGUGGAGACGCAGCUCAUGGGCGUCAUCUACGUCCCCCUCACCGACAAGGAGAAGCAGUGGCCUCGGGAUGACCUCUGACACAUGGAUGGAUGUCUCUAAAGGCACCUCAGAAAGCUCAUAAGGGGGACUUAGGCCUGUAGAUGGUCAGUAUGGUUUUGUUUUUUUAAUGGAAAUUUCAUCAAUGGAUAAAGGGAAGUUCUGCUUCAGAGGAGCUCGUUCUGGAGGGAUGGAGAACAGGGACAGGAGCAGGGGAGGCUCUUGGAGGCCGUGGCAGCUUCCAGGGAGCGGAUCCAGACAACUCCAACUUUCCUCUCUGAUAAACUCUAGAUAACAUCAGAUCACAGAGAACUCUGGCAGCAGACAGGAAUACCUAAAGCUUCACUAAAACCACUUUAAUAUCGACUACUCUGCCUAAUGCUUGGCGAAAAUAAGUCGCAGUUAGUGUCUUGGAGCAGCAAUGUACCCUGACUUGUCAGUUUUUAAAUACGGGAGCGUGUUCUCUUCCUGCCUGCGCCAACUAAUUUAAUGAUGGGCAGCAACAUUGGAUUUUGAGGGUAUGAAAAAUGCUCGUUUUUUUUCUGUGUGGAAUUUUGAAAAAUAUUCAUUUCUGGACUUGACCCUCUUUGGGGUUACGAAAAAUGCGCAUUUCUUGGCUUUUCUGAUUGGGGUUAUAAAAAAACGCUCCUGUUUCGGCUUUUCCCUGACGCGUCCCUCCCGCAGGCGGCGACUGAGGAGGCUCACAAGGGGCAGGCGGGCUGCGGUGGGGCUCGAGGGUCAUUUGUGGAGCGGUUCUGAGGGGGCAGACUGCCGGGAGGGAAAUAAAGAAGUAAAUAAAUAAAUAAAUGAA